CCUAAAGAAGAACGUCUGACGUCAUAGCGCCGCGACAAGCAACAAGAGAGCAACGAAGGAGAAAUGGCUGCAAGGUUAUUACUCCGCUCGGCCUUCAGAGCCGCUACGACGUGCCGGGCGGCCCCGGUACCGGCUGUGACCCGCGGUAUGGCGGCUGGAGGGAUUCCUACUGAUGAGGAACAAGCUACCGGACUGGAGAAGGUCAUCAUGAACGCCAUGAAGGAGGGAAAGGACCCCUACAACAUGAUGAAGCCUAAGGAGUACGCCGGCUCCAAGGCCGACCCCCACCUGGUUCCCUCCAUCACCAACAAGAGGAUUGUGGGAUGUGUCUGUGAAGAAGACAACACGGCCGUGGUGUGGUUCUGGCUCCAUGAGGGCGAGGCCCAGCGCUGCCCGUCCUGUGGUUCCCACUACAAACUGGUGGCCCAUGAGCUCCCCCAUUAGCUCCCCCAUAGCUGUGUUCUGAUAGAUCAGAAUGCUGCUCUUCAUUCUUCAGGCUGCAUGAUGUUAUUUGGCUCUUCCCUCUUCUUGGAGCUGCGAGUCCUCUUCUAGUUGGUCCUUGUUCUGACUUGCUGACCUCAUCAGUCUCUGCUUUACAAGGUAGCAGUUAACCAGGGACCACAUCUGCUGUGUUUGGACCGCUUCCAUUCAGAGACAGUUUACUCCUGUUCUGCCCUACUCUCUCCACUUCCCUCCUUUCAUCUACCAAUAAAACCCUGAAACUUAAA